UGUCAACUGUAGUGGAAAUGUUUAGAUUCUAGAAUUACUUGCUGACAAAGUUCUCUCACAGGCGGUAGCUGAAUGGUUGUGGUAAGGCUAAUUAUGUUGCUGUAUCUUCUCGCAAACUUGGGGGCAUUACAUUUGCUAAUUAUGGUUUUAUUUUUAUUUUUAAUGUCUAUGUUUUCUUAUGUUUUUAUGGAAUGAAUUAUUUGUGCAAUUAAGUAUUUGUUGCAAGUGAUUUGAUUCUGACGUAAUGACCUGAAAAGUGGACUUUUGUAGCUGGUUUUCCCUUAUAAUGAAUUGACAGACAAUAAGAAUGAAAAGGAAAGCAAAUGAGCUUAUAUUAACCAAGCAUUAUUUAUAUGUAUGGUAUUGUUGCUUGACACAGUUCCUCUUGCUUCAAGCAAUGUUGAACCAUGGUUGCCAUACUUUCAUUGCGUAGUCAGUUACCUACAUUUGAGAAAGAGUGUGUCGAAAUUCGACAUUUCAACUACUUUUGGAUAAAAUUGAAGGAAAUAUUAUCUCUAAGCUUGAAAAAUGGCGAAGAUGUUAUCUAAAUUUGACGACUGACUUUUAUUUUUCAAGUACGUCAUUUUAAUUGGACUGUUUCACGAUUUAUCACUAUCACGUGACCAGAACAUCCCACGAAAAUUUUCUUUAUAAAAUGAGAUUGCAAUAGGUGAUGCUCUAAUUGCUCUAAUUGUAGGGGUUUAGAUAAUGAUGGGACAAAGACCUAUAUCAAAAUGCACCAACAAAAGUCAAUUAGGCCAUGUCUUCUGUUGAGCACUUAGAAUUUGUCUUCUCUUCCUUUCUGACAAACGUACUCAAAAGAAAGCAAGAGAAGAGGAGAGAAGACCUACCAGAAAAGGAAAGGGGAGAGAGAAGUUUGAAGCAAAAGCAAUAGGAGAGUGUAUAUGGAAUUAAUAAGAAGAAUACUUAAAGGAGGUGGGUUUUGUGGAUGCAGAUAGAGGCCAAAUUGAAUUUGGAGCUGUGACAAAUGCAGAAAAUGAAGAGCCUUGGGAGCAUUUCCAAUAAUGGGAGGCUAUCAACAGAGGAGAACGAGGAUGAGGAAGUUUCAAGAUUGGCAAUAUCAGCAUGGGAAGCUAGAGAGGAAGAGAUUGAGAGGAAGAAGAUGGAAGUUAAGGAGAAAGUUGAACUUCAAUUGGGUCGUGCUGAGGAAGAAACUAGGCGUUUGGCACAGAUUUGGGAAGAGCUCGAAGUGAUGGGAGAUCCCUUGAGGAAGGAACUUGCAAAUGUAAGGAAGAAAAUCGACAUGGUUAACCGAGAGCUGAAGCCAUUGGGGCUGAGCUACCAGAAGAAGGAAAAAGAAUAUAAAGAAGCGCUGGAAAGCUUCAAUGAAAAGAACAAAGAAAAGGCUCAACUUGUAACCACACUGAUGGAGAUGCUGACCGAGAGCGAGAGAUUGAGGAUGCAGAAGCUAGAGGAGCUGAGCAAGAACAUAGAACCCACACAUUGAAAUUUCCUAAUGCUGAUCGGCAGAUUCCAUUGUCUAAUAUAUUCAAUUAGUACAUUUGGAAAUAAAUUUCUUGGAUGUAUGGAGAUUAAAGACUAUAGAGGAAUCUGCAUUCUUGGCAGAUGUACUGUUUCAUUGUAUCAAUCCAGAUAAGAGAAAUUCAAACUUCUAUGGUAAAACAGCAAUGCAAUUUUUCCAAAGGAAUCUUACAUUU